AUGUCUUUACUCUCUUAUUUCGUUAUUUUUCUUUUUACUCUUCAAAGUGUUCACACGCUGCAAUGCUAUCUGAGUACUAUCGAUGGAACUGGGACAGUAACAACAAUAAACUCUAAUAAUCAGACAGAUUCAUGCAAUGCCACCACAGGUUGUGUUUGCGCAAGUUUUCAAAGUUAUUGUCCAGACUCAACGUUUUGCACCAGCAGUGAAUUACAAAACAACGUUACGAAAUGGUUCUAUGCUCUUACAGAUCCAAUAAGCUGCUCAAACAGGAACCAAACAAAUGGUGUCUGGAACAUAACCUGCUGUAGUACGGAUCUGUGCAAUAAUCAAGGGAUAAGCGGCGCGGCCAUCACCACAACUACUAUUGCAAACGCUGCUACCACGACCGCUAUCAUGAACGACGAUAGUGCUACCACAACCACUAUCACGAGCGCUGUUGGUGCUACCACAACCACUAUCACGAGCGCUGUUGGUGCUACCACAACUACUACCAUGAGCAAUGGUGGUACUACCACUACCACCAUUAUGAAUAAUGCGAUCACUACUACGACUACAGUUGUUACGAGCAUAACUAAUUCGACGACCACCACCCCUGCCGUUAAUACUACUAUUAGUGUAACCGUAACAACAAAAUCAUCUUCACCGAUGAUUUUGCCAUCAUUCACCGUAUCAACAGCUCUAGUGGCAUUGUGCUUUGCGAAGAAACUAGUCUAA